AUUUCCUCUCUCACUCUAAAUUCCUCGACCUUCCCACCCAUUUCCAUGGCGGAAAAUGCCAAAUCCCUAUAAUUAAACCUCCUCUCCCCAACUUCAAACCUCUAAAACUCAAAAUCUGUUCUGUUUGUCUACCCAUGCCACCGUUCGACGACAAUCCUCCGCCGCGACUCGCCCGCGGCGACUCUCUGCCGGAAGGAAUCCUGUUCGGAAAAUACGAACUCGGUAAGCUAUUAGGAUGUGGAGCUUUUGCGAAGGUCUACCAUGGCAGAAACGUUCUUACUGGACAGAGCGUCGCGAUUAAGAUCGUUAACAAACUCAAAGUCCUCAAAGGCGGUUUCAAGGCGCACGUUAAGAGAGAAAUCGCUAUCAUGCGCCGUCUCCGUCAUCCGAACGUCGUUCGUCUGUUUGAAGUUCUGGCGACGAAGACGAAGAUUUAUUUCGUGAUGGAGUUUGCGAAAGGAGGAGAGCUCUUUGGUAAAGUUUCCAAGGGACGGUUCAGUGAGAAUCUUAGCCGUCGGUAUUUUCAGCAGUUAAUCACCGCCGUUGGAUAUUGUCAUUCCCAAGGGAUUUUUCAUCGUGAUUUGAAACCGGAGAAUCUUCUUCUCGAUGAUAAUUUCGAUCUCAGAGUUUCGGAUUUUGGACUUAGUGCUCUCACCGAUCAGAUUCGUCCCGACGGAUUGCUUCAUACUCUCUGUGGAACUCCGGCUUACGUCGCGCCGGAGAUUCUCGCGAAGAAAGGCUACGACGGAGCCAAAAUCGACGUCUGGUCCUGCGGGAUUAUCCUCUAUGUUCUUACCACCGGAUACCUUCCGUUCAACGAUUCGAAUUUAAUGGCGAUGUAUCGGAAGAUUUACAGAGGCGAUUUCCGGUGCCCUAAAUGGACCUCGCCAGAUCUGCGGCGGUUUCUCUCGAGGCUUCUGGAUACGAAUCCGGAGACGAGGAUUACCGUCGAUGAGAUUCAUCAAGAUCCGUGGUUCGUGAAGGGACUUCAGGAGGAGAAGCUUCAAAUCGAAGAUUCCGGUUCAGAGAUUUACGGCGAUGUGAACAAUGCGAAAUGUUUGAAUGCUUUUGAUCUGAUUUCCUUCUCACCUGGCUUCGAUUUGACUGGAUUAAUCAACGAAACGGAAUUUUCCUCUGGCGUUGAGCGGUUUCUCUCCGCCGAAUCGCCGGAGAAGAUUAUAGUGACGGUUGAGGAGGCUUCGAAGUCGGAAAAUGCUGCCGUGGAGAAAAACGGCUGGGGAGCUAAAGUGGAGGGUCUCGACGGCGGGUUCAUCGUCGUUAUUGAUAUUUUCCAGCUGACGGAGGAAUUAGUGGUGGUUGAGAUUAAAAACAGAGUAAGGGAAGUAGAUCAAGACGGUCAGAUUUGGAAAGAUAUAUUGAGACCUCAACUAGAAUGUUUGAUCUACCGGUCGGAGUGAUGGAUUCCGAUCAAAAAUCCGUCUAGGAUUUGAUCGGAACACUGAUCGGCGAGGACGAACAGGAUUAUUACCGGGUUCUUGUAUAGAUUCUUUUUUCCCGGAUUAAUUUUUUGAAAUUUCUUUAAAUACCCUUCUUUAUGGGGAUUUUGUAAUUAUAUUAACUUUCUUGCUUUAUAUAUUUUAAUUUUACUUUUAAUAAUAAAAUGUCAAUUAUUUAUCAUUUUA